AGUUCUGGGUGACGGUUCAGAGGACUGACGCGGCGUGGCGCUGCGGCCUGAAGGGAGCGUAUUGGCUGCAGGUGGGGCGAGAGGCACUCCUACUGAGGGAAACAGAGAAGAAGAACACUGUUAGAGAAUGGCCCUACGAACUGCUGAGACGAUAUGGAAAAGAUAAGCUGGCCUUAACCAUUGAAGCAGGUAGACGCUGUAACUCCGGUCCAGGAACAUUCCGCUUUGAGACACAGCAGGCUGAGAAAAUAUUCUCCCUGAUUCAGAGUACCAUCAAAUCGAAGACUUCAACGGUGCCUCUCAGCAACCGAAACCAAGAGGGGGAGAAAGUUAUCGUGACCCGCAUAGGGGCUCAUUCCCCUCUCCCCAAAAUACCAGAUGGGACCUUUAUGGCUGCCAUUGUGGAGAACAAAGUGAGGGCACAGGAAAGUAAAUCUACUGCUUCAGAAGGGAGCGCACAUGCCCAGGGAGAUUUGGUUUGUUCAUCAGAGAGCUUGUCAGUGCAGCCAGCUCCUAUCACACUGAUGCCCCUUCCACUGGUACCCACACCUAACAGUCACUGCGGAGCUCCACUUGGUGGCCAAUCAGAAGCUGUAUAUGCUGACCCUGCUGACUGCAUGCAAUCUGUACCAAAAAUGCCAUCGGCAACGGCUCUGUAUGUAGACCCUGCAUGUGUGUUACCCCUCAAACCCCCAGGUUUAAGAGAAUCUGUCACCCCCAUUAACUCCUCUGCUCAAAAGCCAUGCUUUACCACCCAUCAACCAGAGUCUGUUUACUCAGAGGUGUACGACAAAAUCAGUCUGGUCCAGGAUACUGUCACUCAGCGCAAAGGAACACGUAUACCUUUUGCAGAUGAUGAACCCAUUUAUGCUGAGCCAAUAAGUAAGAAGGAGGCAGUGUCUCAUAAAAAUGAAAGCCAACCUGACCCAUAUGCCCACCUUUAUGCUCAAGUCUGCAAAACAAAAACACCAUUUAGUCUUUCUUCAUCCUGUAACACCACCCCUUCCUGCUCUGUGUCCUCUUCCUCUCUUACAGACAGUAUGAGCACAGAAAAUGAUGAUAUCAUAUACGAAAACCUGGGCAUCAUUUGAUAAGUUAUUGUAGCUUUAUACUCAAAUGCAGUGGCGAACCGUGUCUAUCACAACUGGACCUUCUGUAGACACACACACACA